AUUUGACUUCAGUGUUGCCACUUGUUAAAGAAGACUGGUGUUUGGUCUUUUUAGCGAGUACCUCUUAGGGCUGCUUUUUCAUAGCUCAGUUUACUGAGCUUCAUUCUCUUGCACUGCUCUCUCUCUCUCUCUCUCUCUCUCUCUCUCUCUCUCUCUCCCACCCAUACUACAGCAUCACUUAACUCAUUUCUAUCUGGCAACAAAAGCAGCAGCAGCAGCAACGGCACAAGCAGUAAUGGAUGGACCUCGUCUGGCUCCAGUCAUGGAAGAAGCCGGAGAACCCACAGAUGAUCAUUCCAGUGACAAGACAGCCAAGCCAGAGAUGAAGGAGCUUACAGCAGCGGAAAAAGAGGUCGAGGAGAUCAAGGCAAAUAGCGAGAAGGAUGAGAAACCAGCUUCUGAUAACCAAGAACUUGAAGACUUGAAAUCCCAGGUGUUGCAGUUGCUUGUAGAGCUGGAAGAGGCACGAGAGCUUUCUCAGAAACAUGAGGAGAGCUUUCAGGAGCUACAGGGCUUAUUGGAGGAUGAGCGGAUGGCAAGUGCCCAGCAAGCAGAAUCUUUCACUAAGCAGAUACAGAGGCUGCAAGCUCAGCUGAGGUCAGUGCAAGAGGAGAUGGACAGCCUGGAGGAGGAGAAGAACAGUGAACUGGCAGAGGCGCAGCAGGAGCUGCGGACUGCUCAAGAGGAGGUGCUGGUGUUGCAGCAGGCAGCCGAGGAAGCGGCAGCAGAGCGAGAAAAUGACAUUGCCAGCCUGCAGGAGGAGCUCUGCCGACUCCGUGCAGAGCUGCAACGCCUCCACGCUACUCGACAAGAGUAUGAAUUAGAGAUCACCAGUCUGCGUGCAGAGAUUCGUAUGAAGAGCCAGGGAAGUGGGCAAAACAAAGACAAUGGGAAUCCCCUACAAGCUGAACAACAAACAGUGAAGGAAGAGUGCCAGUCCCUGAAGGCAGAGUGUCAGUCUCUAAAAGAGGAAAAUCAACAACUCCUUGAAAAAAUCCAGUGGUUAACAGAGCAGGGUACAAAUGACUUUUAUCUAACUCUUAAAGAAGAUGACCUAAAUAAUGAAGGAGAAUUUAUUUCUUCUGGUGAAGAGUCUACUACCAGGUGUAAGCUGGUUGAUGCCUCAGUCCAAAAGAAUAUUUCAUUUGAUGGGAAACCACUUACACCCACUGGCAGGAGUGGUGGUGGUUUCUCGCCAGCUUUUUCUGAAGUGUUUUCUCUCCGGGACCAGCUGAAGCAAACUGAAGAAAAAGCUCUUCAAGUUCAGCGAGAGUAUGAGACCCUGCUGGCAGAACUACAUGAGCUGCAGGAUAAAUACAAUAAAAGUCAGAAUGAGCGAUCUGAAAUGGAAAAAGAACUUCAGGAAUGUCGGGAACAAAUGCAGAGCCUCACAGGAAAGGAUGGCAAGGGGCUUGAGGGAGGUUGGAGCCCGCUAAUGGUGGUGGCUGUAGCUACAGCUGUUGUCUUGAUCUUCCCUAGCUUGACUAGAGCUCUCUCCUGAGGAUCCAACAGGGUCUCCUGGCAACACCACACCUACCAGGUGCAAAAUUUCCUCGCACUCUGCCUGCAGCUAUAGAGCACUCUGCUUCCAGACCUAGAAUUCUCAUGUAGUGAUGGGAUGGAUCUAAGACACAACCUGUUGCUUAUGUCUUAGUGCACGGAAUAUCAGCCUCAUAUUGACACAACUUUUAGCUGGUGUAGCAUUUUCUUUGGAAUAUUAUGGUUGGAUUUAUCUUCUCACCAUUUGUUUCAUUUACUUCUCACAACACAUAUCAGAAGGAGUCACAGUGUUUGUGAUCUACAGAUGUCUACAAACAGGAUAACCUACAGGACUGAAUGUAAAGAUAAUACAUUAUGUUUAUUAAUAUGGAAUCGUGACGUUGUGUGGUUUCAAAAGGCCAGUGAUGUUCCAAAAUGUCACUGCUACUAGAAGAAGUACAGUACAUAAUAAAAUUUGUAUAGAAAUCUAUUUUGAUUAAUGUAGGAGGUCAGUAAGAAGAGGAUUCUCCUUUAUUGUUACAGAUUGAUACUCAGCACUUUCAACAAACCUGAGUUAAAUGAUGGGUGAACAGUGCCUCAAUUUUAUUUUGUGCUUAGCCUUCACAUGGAAACAAAGCUAUUCACUUCUUUGAAAAGGUGUCUGGUGGAGCCAGAAAAGCUCACCUAUACCACUUUAUGUAUUCAACCAAUCCUUCUCCUGGUUAAAAUUCUGAAAUUCUGAAGUUUGCUCCAUCGAACGUUGACUGCCUAGAAAAGCUCGUGUCACUCGUCAAACCAAUAAUAUACUCUAAAGGGGUGUGCGAGCAGCCCAAAGUAGCAACCCUCAGGCUGAGGGUUUUGUUCUCUCUAUCUGCUGCAUGUCUUUGUCUGAAGACAGAUUGUUCUGCUUUUGUUAGUUUGUUUUUCUCCAUAAACCUAUGGACUUCAUUUUCCUGCUUCUUUCUCUCCAUAGAUACAUGUUGUAUACCAAAAAUAUUCUAUCUACUGUUUGAUUUACUGACCUGUCAGUUUUUGUCUCUGUUGCUAAGCUGCACUGCUGAGCUUCUCCAUUUACAAGGUAUAUAUAUAUAUAUCUAUGUAUAUAUGUCAAUGUGUAAAUGUAUGUUUUAAUUCAUGUUAUUGUAACAAUUUUCAUUAGAUGUUUUCACCCUUUUGGAUUCAUGUUUUCCAUUAAAAAAAAAUUACACCGUUGCCCAUGACUCAUACGAGAGUGUUUUGUUUCAGCUCAACUAAGAGCAGAGGUUGUCCACGUCACUUGUGACUCCUGGACCCUGGCUGGAACUGACCUGCCUGCCUUCCCUACCUGCAGCCUAAUCGACAUGACACGAACAGAUCAACUGAUGGUUUAUGAUGUUGCUUUGUAAUGGCUACCUAUGUACAGCAGCAAAAUGGAAUGUCGACUGAUGUGGCGGAUUAAAGCAAUUGUAUCAAUGUAAUGCAAAUUGAUUACACGGAAUGAAUUCCAUAGAAUUAUGAUAAAACUUAAUUUCUUAAUUAACCACACAUGAAUGGGCAAGAAAGGUCAUGCCACUAUCAGAUGUUUACCAGUAUCUUAUUAAAUUGGGCUAUGGUGUCAAAACUGUUAUUUCACUUAAAAUGUUUUUAUUUAUAAAUACCACUUCUUUAAAAAUAUAUGUAAAGCUUUUUUUACAUUUGCAUUACAUUGUCAUUUAAAAAACAAUGAGAACACAGAAAUGCAUAAAAGUAAACAUUGUCAGUUAAAGAAAGAAAUAAAUGUGCAUUGAACACUUGAUAAGAAGUCAUUCUAUUCAGUAGAAGGAGUCGACGAGAAUUUUUUGUCAUAAAUGAAUACAAAAAUGUUAACGUUUGUUAAAAAGAAUCAUAAAGAUGCUGAGGAUGAGUUGAAAUUUGAAGUUCUUGUUCCGCUUUAUACUGCAUAAGCUUACAUGUUUUUUUGAAAUAAUAUUUUGGCCAGUUUGUUUGUAGAAUUUUCAAUGUUUCUGAUUGUUGUAUAUUUUUGGGCUAUUACAUGUUAAUUAACCAGUAUCAUGAACAUUUGAAAUUACAAAUCAGCAUAUUUUAAUUCACUGACACAUUGAUCAGAUGUAAAUUUUAAAUUAGUUUAGCAUUUCAUGUUAGUUAGAUUUUUUUCUAAAUUAUUUAGAUUUGUGUACAAGCACAGUGAUGCUAAUGUCUCUUUUUUUAGAGCUAUCCUUUAGUGAGCCCAACAAGUUACCUGUCCUACAAAUCUGCAAAACGCAAGCCUUACUUGAUUGUUACAACUCAUAGGGUAGAGUUAUGUCAUGAUUAAUCAAAUCAUAUUUGGCAAACUGCAUUUUGCUGCCACUUAAUUUUUCUCAACACUAUUAUAUUUUUUUUGGAAAUAGAAAAAUGCUGUCAAUUACUUGUACAUAUUGCAGGAUAAAAGCUGCUAUUUUCUGAACCCAGUAAUUCUUUCUAUUUCACAUUGUACAUCUGAAUGCCUCUGAGCUAUUAAAGUAAAAUGGCACAUGCAUUUUCAACAUUUUUUUGCCAGCAUUUGACAAUUAUAUUGCUACUAAAAUGACAGGAAGACCUCCUAUGUUAAGUAUGUUGGUAAGCAGUGAAAAAACUCUCAUUGUAAAUGUAUUCCAGAGAAGCUGAAUUUGAGUGCAUAGUUAAUGUGUUUCAGCUUAUCAAUAAUCAGGCACUUGGAGGACAGAUGUUAGUACUCCAUGAAUUGUGAGCUAGUAUAACAGUCUUGCUAGAACUUAGUCAUUUCACAGUUAUACAGGUAGAAAUUUAUACAGUUAUGUGAGUUUAUGAAAUUCUGGGAUAGCAUUGAACACAUGAUUUCUAAAUACUAGCAAAACACUGCAUACUGCUUAAUCAUAAAAGAAUGUUUCUCAAUGUUUAGUGCAUGAAGGCUAGCAAUUAAUAGGAAAAGGCAAUCUGACAAUCUUUCUGGCAAUUAUUGCUUGCCUUAUUAAAGAAGAGAAUAUGUAUAAUUCAUCUGUAAUUAGUAUAUAUGCAAUCAUAUAUCAAAUUAGAAAGAAGAAGUAAAAAAUAAUUCAGUCCCUAAGUGAGAUUAGAUACAGGUUCAGGACCUUUGCAGGGUAUAGUUUAUAUUGUAGGGGUUACAAUGUCAGCUACUAGUUUUUACUCUGCAGCUUGCAUAUGUGAGAAUCAGCCAUUGUGACAAUUACUAUCAUUCCUGGUUUACCAGUUGGGCCAUUACAGUACUACACUGAAUCUCACUAGUUCUGCUCCAUUAAAUGGCCAAGAAAUUCUGUACAUUAAAUACAAUAGGGAUUUGAAAUAGAAAAUUUCCCUUUUUAGCACAAUACAGAGCUUUGUGAAGCAUGAAUCAAGAUUUUCAUUUACUGAACACUUAAUGCAAAAGCAAUAACAAUAAAAGCAAAACAAUCACAAACCAUGAUGAGCACGCCUCAUUGUAUUUUCCCACAUAAUCUUGGUAGAGACAUGAUUCCUAUUACACAGAUUGAGCUUUUCUAGUGCCGUGCCUAAAAUUAUUACUCCGUGGCUGCCUUGCUUUGUUACCUAAAAGUGCUUGUGUGAAAGCAUGUUUUCAGUUUAGUGACUCUUGCCGAUGCUUGAGCUUUCUUUCUAAAGACUGGCAUGCAAAAUUUCUGUCACGUCCUGCAAAGCAAUAAUGAAAAAGUUACUUGCAGUAAUGUAAUGUGAUAAGCCACAAAAUGAUUUGUGGUGUUUCUUGUGAUGUGUUGUUGAAAAUAAUACUGCAGAAACCUUCAGCAUGUUUUUUUAAAGAAAUUAUUCAAUUUAAUGGAGGACUUUUAAGUAAAAAACACAAAAAACAACAAAGAAGAAAUGGCAUAUUUGAAUAAUUAUAUUUAUUUAUUUAAUAGAGAAAGAGAUUUUUUCACAAAAGUGAAAAUUUAUUGCUUUUUGUAUUUGCCCUAUAUGCAGUAACACUGGUCAUGACACUCAUCUAUGUCUGACAAUUUUAUUUAUAAGUUUCUGGGUCAUUAUAUCAUUGAAUUAUACCAUUUUAUAAGCCCACUUAACCCUAUGGCUGCUGGGAUCAUUUAGUCAUGUUAAGAAUUAUUGGCUAAUUAAUAGCACACUUUUAAUUAAUUAAUUAAUUUAUUUAUAUGAAUGGAACAGACAGGUUAAGCAGAAUUCUUAAGUUCACACAGUGAUAUGAAAAUUUGAAGUACUGUAGACUGUAAUUCCAUUACCCUGCAUUUCAUUUACAAUUCCAAAACCUCUAAGGCCCAUUGCAAGUCAAAAAUGUUACUUAUUCAGGAAAAAUGUCACUGGUAUGCUGUGUAAUCAGCUUUGCAUUUCCCCACUCUUCUGCAGUUCUCUGGGGAAUCAGCACACUCUCCAAAAAAAGUUCAUUAUACUAACCUGUACUGACAAUAAAAGUACCAAAAAUCUUUCCAACUGAGAUUGUAAAUUUGAGAAAUUUAGAAUUUUAAUUGAGGUUACUAGAAACAUCUUGACAGUACAUUUGCAAGAAAGCCAGGCAAGUUUGAUUACUGUGUUCAUACACCGUAAACUUUAUUAUUUGUACUUUUGUCUCAGUAAAGCUUACAAUGUUUAAACAUAACAUUUUUGAAUUUGGAAUUGUAAACACAAAUCAGAUUAUUUAAUAUUAUUCCUUUUAACAGUUUUAUGUAUUUGUCUUAUUCUAAAAUCAAAAGAUAAUUUUUCCCAAUCAAAAUCACAGGAACCAUGUGUCUUAUGAAAAGGUGUAGUACAUUUACACUGUACUUUUACUCUUAUAACCUAGUCAUCAUAUAUCUUUGAAUUAUUUUUGUACUUAACAGUACCUUUUCUGAAGAUGGGUCAGAAAGGGUCAAGGGGAAAGACAACCCACAUUCAAUUAAGUCUGUCGAUGUCAUUUAAACCUGGUGACGCCCUCUCCAGUCUCAGUUCUGUGAACACAGGUGGGAUCAAACAGUCUCAGUCAGCAGCCAGGCUAGGUCUCUCACAGAAGAGCUGCUGUCUUAUUCAAAUUCUCCAUUUUACCAGUAUUACAUUUCAAGAAAACAUUUAAAAUAUGUUUGUUAUAUAUUACAGCUAGGCCCAUUAGUCAAAGAACUUCUUCAUUUUACUAAAUGUCUUCAAAAAUUAUAUUAAUAACUUGCUUCCUCCAAACUGAGCUUGGUGUAAAUUGAACACUGUUUUAUUUUUAAAUAUUAAAAGCUGUUGUUUUCAUAAUUUAUAUUAUGAAUGAUACAUUAUGUUACACUAAGCACAGAUAUUUUAUUCCUUUCAUUAAGAGUGUUUGAAACACUUUACUAAGUAAAAUAUUUGGAAUUUUCUGUUGAAAUUUAGGUACUGUGCAACACUGAAGAGCUUGUUAACUUUUACCUGUUUGAUUUCAGAAAAAAUGCAUGUAUAAUGCUGUCAUUCUAGAUGUGAUAAACUAACCAUGUUUUUGUUACAGGUAUAGGGCACAGGUUUCAAUUCUCGACACACAUUUGGAGAAUUUGCUCCUUAUGACAAAUGAAUUUCUGGUGGAGGACAGGAUUAAGCUAUUGAAUUAAACUAGUACUUGUUUUAAUUGUGUUUUCUUUAAAGAAUAUUUUUAUUUUUAUGUCUUGCAUAAUAUGAUCCAUGGUAUGGCACCCCACAUAAGUGCUCUUUUAAAAUAUUAUUAUCACAAAGUUUAUCAAAUACAGAAAUAUGUGAAUUCACACACAGAGGAAAUAAUGGUUAUCAGUGGAAUACAAAGAUGUUUUAGUUUGGAAAACCACAAAGUAAAAGUGUACUGCACAUAAUUAUGCUAAAUUGGAGAUGUACAUUUAAGGGUCCACACAUUUUUGUAAUUGCAUGUUCAGGAUAGAUGGUUUAUUCAAAAACAUUUUAGUACAUUAAAACUAAUUCUUAAUUAGUCUAGUAAAUAAAAUGUUACAUGUUUACAGCUUUUAAUUUUGAAGAAAGCGAUGAGAUUUGAAAAUUUUAUUCUAAAACUUCUUUUCAUAUUGUGUAAUAACUGUCAAUUCCAGAUUAAAGCAUUAGCCUUACUGAAAUUGUAUGCCAGAGUUUAUUUUCUCUGAUGUAAUGAUAUUUUUUGGUAUCUACAAUCAUGCAUGGUAGCAACUAAAACAUUGAGAAUAUUCUGAAUUAACAUUCCACCUACAUUUACUUCUACUAUUCUUAUUAAUAAUAGUUAUUUCCCACUGGAUAUGCAUAGCAGGACAGGUGCAACAGUACCCUGAGGUCUUAAUAAGUAUUGUGUUGCUAGUUAAAAAUCUCUAAACACAUUUCAUCAUUUAGUAUACUUAAGAUAUGUAAAAGUCAUUUAAAACAUCUUAUGGGGGUUAUCUUUUUGUGAAGUAUUGAUGUAAAAUUGUAUGAACAAACAGUUGGUGGUAGUAUGUGUGAAAUAAUUUAUUUUACUGUGUUUUCUAAACAAAGGCUGUAUGCUUUUUAGAUGGCUUUGUUGUUUUGACAAAAUGUGAGUAUUUUGGUAAUGAGCUGUAUAUUUUGUAAAAGAUUGCAAUCAAUAAAUAUAACAGUUUAUCCUUCAAA